CUGAUGUAAAACUAUCUUUAAUUUCCCGAUCCCGGUGCACUGGAAAUGCUCGUGUUUUUUCUUGUGUUUUCUUAUGAAAUUGUUGUGGUUUUUAAGAUUUAAAACCUCGUUUUUGAUGGUUUGUCAUAGAUUUUUUAUCUCCUAAUGGAGGGUGGUCCAGGAAGGCAAGGUGUUUUUCUUAUCUCUCAAGCAAAGUGCGUCAGAAGUAACAUUUUGUACUCUACCAAGAUUGUACAUCGCAGUGAAAAUUUUCUGGUCGUCAAUAAACCGUACGAUAUGUAUAUAAAUAGUAACAACCCGGACAGAAAGAAUACUCUCCAAUUGGAAUUAAAAAAGAUGCUACCAGACUUGGUUAAUCCAAAAUUGUGCCACGAAUUCCACUUCGUGCAUCGGCUGGAUUACCCUACGAGCGGUGUCAUUUGUAUAGCACUGAAUAAGAAAGCAGCCAGAGCGGCGUCAGUUGCCUUUGAAAAUCACAAAGUUCAAAAGUUCUACUUGGCAUUGGUGCAUGGCCAUAUACAUGAGCCUCAUAUCAUAAUCGAUAAAGCUAUAGGUGACGAUAUUCGAGAGAAGAAUGGUAAUCAUAAGAUGUGUACAAACGACAGUAUCUUCUGUGAGAAGCCACGUAGGGCCAUUACUGUGCUAGUAGUGUUGGAGCAUGGUUUUUGGAAAAGCAAGCCUGCUACCAAAAUAUUGUUGGCGCCUAGCACCGGUAGACGACACCAGUUAAGGGUGCAUUGCCAUCAUAUAGGUCAUACUGUCAUAGGAGACUAUACUUACAGCGAAGGCAAAGAUGUAGAGCCACAGAGAACCUACCUCCAUUCUCUCAGGUUGAUAUUGAACUGUGAUAUUGAGAAUAUCGAUGUAAGAACGGCAGAUCCGUUUGACGCCUCUAUUUUGUCCGAUUAUAAGGCGACGAAUAUAGCAAAGAUCUUGGAUGAGGAUAUAUUUCGUGACAUAUAUAAAUUAAUAGAAUAAAACGUUUCGUUACGUAAAGCA